AUGGGUAAGGAUCAUAACGAGACUCUCAUAGGGAAAAUUGACGAUGGAGGAGAUGCAGACAUUCGUAAAACAGCACAGGAGAUGGAUGUUAUUCGUCAAAGAACUAUUGCCUAUGAAUACUUGUGUCGUCUCGAGGAAGCUAAAACUUGGAUGGAAGCAUGUUUAAAAGAAAGCCUUCCUCCGGUGACUGAAUUCGAAGAAUGCCUACGAAACGGUGUUUAUUUAGCUAAACUUGGACAUUUUAUAGCACCAGAUUUACUCCCUCUAAACAAAAUUUAUGACAUUGAACAGCGUAGAUAUAAGAUAAUGGGACUGCAGUUUAAGCACACUGAUAAUAUAAAUAAAUUUAUACAAAUUUUAAAGAUAACAGAACUACCUGUGACAUUUCAACCAGAAACAACAGAUAUUUAUGAUAACAAGAAUAUGCCGAGAGUAAUAUACUGUCUGCAUGCGUUGAGCUCCCAUUUGUUUAAAUUAGGCAAAGCCCCACUAAUUACUGACGUAUUUGGCAAAGCUGUCUUUACAGAUGAACAACUUGAUUCUGUAUCCAAGGACUUACAGAAGUGUAAACAUCCACUGCCAGUUUUUCAAAAAAUCAGUGGACUCCUGUCAAAUAAUAACAAUGAUAAUAGUUUGAGUAUGCAAAAGGCAUUGCUUGAAUUAAAUAAUGUAUUGGAUUCAGAAAAGCCUAUAACAGCGGCUUUACUGAAUCCUCAAUUAAAAUUAAAAUAUGUUCAAAAUAAACUAAUCAAUGAGUACAAGGAGGUAUUGAAAAAUGCAAAGCAUCAGAAAAUAGAAGUAGCCCACAACCAUUCACUGAACGAUAGUUAUGUUCCUGAUGAAUAUGAUGAGCUUUUAACAGUGGUAGAGAUUCAAGGACACAUUACUGCAACAAAUUUUAAGUACCUAUGGAAAUCCUUAUGUAGAGCGUGUGAAAGAAACGAUGUCAACACGUUGCAUAAACUUUUUACUGAGGACUAUAUAAAACUCAAACACUACAAUUCUGAAAACCUCGAUUUUUAUUGUGAUGUUGUUAAAGAAUUAAUGGAGAACAGUAAAGAUGUAGAUGUGGAAAGCAUCACUAAUUGGCACAAAAUCUUUCAAAAUAUAGUUAACGACGGGAAUAGUAAAUCCCUACAGCAUGAUGGUCAUAAAACGGCUAUUGCUGAUGUUAACAGAGCACUGGAAGAGGGAAACGCUAAUGAUUUAUACAGAUCUUUGACAAAUCCCCAAUUGGGGCUGAGAUUUAAGAUAAGCAAGUUUGCCUUGCCCUUGUUGUAUGAAGAGAUGAGAUUAGAAAAAUGUGAGCUGGAGAAAAAUCUCAAUGAGAGUGAAAUUGCUGCUUCUGUAUCGUAUUUGACUACAAUAGCUUCGGUCUCUGAAGCCGUUGAGAGGGGAGAUGAGAAUGCUGUUUGGAACACCUUAAAUUCCAAUCACAUUCAUUUGGAAAUGCUGCGACCGCAUUGUCGCCGUCGUUACUUUUCGGCCUUAGUUGCAGCUCUUGAGGUUAAGUUUCGAGAGCAGUGCGAAUGCCCCCUUCUUACUCUGGAGGACAUUAGAGACACUAUUGAAAUGGUUAAUAUGAAAGAUGACGAUAAUGAUGAAUUGGUCCAAGUAGUCAAUAAUAUUAAUAAAGCCGUCUGUGAUGAGAACGUCGAUGUAUUGAUAGGUCUCUUGAAGAGCCCUUGUUUAAAACUACCGAUUCCUCUCCACAAGGAAGAAUACCAUCUCUACAUGAGAACAUUAAAGAAAAGACUGUUGCAAAAGGAAGCUGAAAACUUGUGGUUGGAUGAUAUAAUUCAAGCGAUUGACGAUGUUAAUGACGAAUCCAUAAAAGUAAAAGAGUUCACGGAAGCCAUUGUGGAAUUUAAUUCAUCAAUUUUACGUAACGACGUUAAUAGUUUUUGGCAUCUAUUGACACAUCCUCUUAUAUACGAUUCGAGUUUACUAGAAAGUUCCUGCAGGGAUAUGUAUUUCCAAAUGUUUUCGAAGGCGCUCAAGAAAAAGGGCUGCAACAUAUGUCCAUGGAUAGUUUGCCACACAGAAGCUGGCAACACUGUUUAUAUAGAUAUGGAAUCAUUUACAUACAGCUGGACGACACCUAAAGACUUCGUACCAUAUGCGCGUUAUUUGACCAAAAAGGAUAUUCAGUCGGUAGUGGAAAAAACAAAUAAGCAUCACAUUUAUGCAUACAAGCAAAAACAUAUUGAGAAAACUUUUAUGAAAUUCCAAGCGCACUGUAAAGGUUAUUUGAUAAGGCAGAAAGUUAGGCGGCAUGAAUUUUUUAAAGAGCAUGUGGAGUUUAUCAUUAAAAUACAGGCCUGGUGGAGGCAAGUUUUAAUUCGCAGGAGGUAUGGGACGCUUAUUAGAAUGAAAGCAAUUGAAGCAAAGCUAAGACAAGAGCGAAAGCUUAAUCCUCUAGCUUGGUAUAAAGUGCAGGAACAGAAAAUAAUAAAAAUCCAAGCGCUAUGGCGCGGUCGCCGGGCGCGGCAAGCGUUCACCUCUCUAUUUCACUCUCCGAACCCGCCUCUGAAGGUCGUUAAGAAAUUCAUACACAUGCUAGACUUCACCACCGAAGACUAUGACAGAGAAAUCGAACUGCAAACCUUGAAAUCGGAAGUUGUUCACUCGAUACGGAAGAACCAAGAGCUAUCAAGACAAAUAGAUGAUAUGGACUUAAAAAUCGGGUUGCUCGUUCAGAACCGAAUCGCAUUACAGGAGGUAGCUGCCCACGGCUUGAAACUCAACAACAUGGUGAAACAUAACUCUAUGACGAAGUUAGCUGUUAGCAAGGACUCAAAAGGAACCCUUACGACCAUCGCUUCAGCAGUCAAAGGGUUGAAAUCCCUCACGAAGGAGAGUAAAAGACUGCUGGACGGUUACCAGCAUUUGUUCUACGAGCUGCAGACCAACCCGACUUACCUAUCGAAACUUCUGUUCUGUAUUCCGCAGAACAAAACCAAUUCGUUCCUACAAAAUGUCGUGCUGAGUUUAUACAACUUUGGCGCGUAUACUAGAGACGAAUACUUACUUUUGAAACUGUUCAGGUUCACGUUAGAGGAAGAAAUCAGUUGUAAAGUAGCGAAGCCGUUCGAUAUUAUCGCGUCUACACCCCUCGUGCUGAAGAUGGCGGUCAGUCUGUCGCGACAGUUAUCUGGCUUGAACAGUUUACAGACGAUUAUAGGGCCACUAGUUGAGAAGAUUAUACGGGAUCGUGAUUUAAAUAUUGAAACCGGACCCGUUGAGAUAUAUAAGGCGUGGCGAAAUGAAACGGAGAUGAAGACGGGUCAAAUUUCAAAACUACCAUACACAGUAACUCAAGAAGAGGCCCUCACAUAUCCCGAGGUGAAGACGCGAUUAGAGAAAGCUUUGCAACAAUUAAAAAGCGUUGUUGUCAUGUUCUUAGAUAAAAUAACGACGUCAACGGAUCUGCUGCCUUUUUGCAUUACGUACAUGGCUAGAGUACUGCAUCGUUCGUUAAUAACCAAGUUUCCCCACACACCAGAAAAGGACAUUUUGAAGGUUAUUGGAAAUUUGGUGUAUUAUCAAUUCUUCAAUGCCGCCAUAGUUGCGCCCGAUGCGUUCCACAUUAUUAACAUGGCGAACGGAAGUUGUCUCACCACGGAUCAACGGAAGAACCUCGCUUCGAUCGCUAAAAUAUUACACUUUUCUGCGGCAAAGAAAGGGUUUGGAGAAGAGUCAAGUCACCUGCGAUGCUUAAAUUCCUUCAUAGUGGAAUGUCACGAGAAGAUGAAAGAAUUGUUCCGGCGCUGCUGCCGAGGCCCGACGCUCGAGGAGUACUUCGCUGUCGAUGAAUACACGGAGGCAACUCUACUCCAUCAUCCACAUAUCUAUAUUACUGUCCAGGAAAUAGUGGACACUCAUGCGCUGUUAAUAGAAUACCAAGACGUGAUAGCACCAGACCCUGAUGAUCGUUUGAAUGAGCUUUUGGAUGACAUGGGUGAUGUGCCUAGCGUUGCUCAACUUGCAUCAAGGGAUGUUGCUACGAUCGGUGACUCUGAAGAAAAUGCUCGUUUAGAGGUGUGUUUAGCACUUGUAAAUAAAUUCCAAGCUCCCGCCGACGAUAUGACGGAUUUGAACAAGCUUUUUAUCAAAACGAAGGAGCUGUGUGUCGCCAUAAUACCUUUCCUAAAUGGUGAACAUCUCUUGGAAGCAAUAUGCAUCGGCACGACAAAGGAACAACAAGAGAAGUACAACGAAAAGGUACAAAGGCGAAUAUAUUCCGGCCAAGCGAGGCCAGACGAAGCGAUGUCUCUUCGGGAGCACAUCACAAAACUGCGAAACAAUUUACAAAUGCUUGAAGACGAAGGAUACGUCACGAGAGAAGACGGUUACCAAGCCCUCAUAACGUCUAUUGCGCUGGAUCUAUGCAAUAAAGGGAAAUAUAGACAAGCGCAGCGGCGCGCUCUGGCGACGCUAACUCGCACUAAAUUGAGCUUAGUGGAGAAAACAAAGUAUUACCAAGACAAAUGUAAAUCAUAUGAUCAGUAUAUUAAAUCGUGUCUUGCUAAUCUCCAUGCUGGCAAAAGGAGUGUACACGCUUGCUUAAGAUCCGGUAAAGAUAAUAAAAAGCUGAAGUCAAAGUUAACGGUGAAAUAUUCUGGAGCAAAACUUCUGGAACGAGGCAUUCUCUUAGAGAUAGAUGGACUAUCGACGUCUCAGUUCAAGAACGUUCAAUUCGAAAUCACCCCGACUGACCACAACGGUGUUUUCACCAUAAAAGGGAAAUUUAUGGGCGUUGUAAUGGAAUCUGUUGAUAUCGACAUCCAAGAUCUUUUGCAGAAGCAGUAUGAGGGUUGUGCGAUAAUGGACAUGUUUGGUAAAGCUAAAAUUAAUGUUAACUUGUUGAUUUUCCUAUUGAACAGUAAGUUUUACAAAUGA